AUGAGUGAAUAUGAGGCAACAGAUAAAGAGUCGCUAUCUGAGGAAGUUAUCUUGGAGUUUGCUGAACUGCAAAUCCAAUUCCAAACCAGAUUUGAUAGUAUCAAGCUGGUUGAUACCAUUCCUAAACCUACUGUUACCGCUAAUGAACUACCAAUUAAUAAUUUUGUGAAACCUCAGUUGCAGAUACCUACAUUUUCAGGCGAACCUCAUGAAUGGAAUAUUUUCAAAAAUGUUUUUGAUGCUGCUGUUCACACCAGUAAAGACUAUUCCAGUGAGGCCAAAUACCAUCUUCUAACUUCAUAUUUAAGUGGUGACGCUUUGACCUUGGUUCAAAAUUACGCCAACACCGCUGAAUGCUACAAAGCUGCCUAUGACAGCUUGCACAAACGAUACAACAAUAUCCGGUAUCAAGCAUAUAGUUUAUAUAAUAAAUUCGAUACCUUUGUUCCUUCUGCUACUCUAGCUGAAACUUUGAAAAAAUUUUCUAUCGAGCUCAACUCAGCCAAACGAUCGCUAUUUAACAUGAACCUGAACCAAGCUGAUUUUUUGAUUACCAUGAUGUGCAUCCGCAAAUUACCGCUUUCUGUCCGCACGAAAUUUGAAGAAUCCAUACCAGAUGAUCAAGUUCCCACCUUUGACCGUUUAUUGAGUUUUGUGGCUAGUCAAGAAAAAUCUCUGGAAGUGACCGCACUAACCCGCAAAUACGAACAAGUAAUUAGCGCCAGCAUUGAAUAUGUAGAUCCCGUUUCUGUUAAAGCUGAACCUAGUACAAGUAAUUAUCAACAGAGAAAGCAGCCCUUUUCUUCAACUAAAACUGGGUAUCCAAUCAGUGGUGGCAUUUGUGUUCUUUGUUCAGAACAACAUCAAUUGUAUAGAUGCGACAUUUUCAAAAGAGAAUCAGUAUCCAAACGCAAUCAAAUUGUAAAGCAACACAAAAGGUGCUUUGUUUGCCUAGGAUCUCACCUGAAAGCAAAUUGCAACUCAACGAUUUGCUGCAAGAACUGCCGCUCUAAUCACCAUCAUACGCUUCUGUGCAACAACGCUAAUAAUCUUCAAUCAUUACUUUUUAAAGAACAACGCUCUGAACAUCGGUUUGCUGAGCCGCACCAAGCACCAAAUCAAUAUGGACGCCCGCAUACCGGUACUAGCCGAAAUGCUGCGCACCCUGCGCCUCCUCCUGGUUUCAGCCCGCUACCUGUGCCGACUUUUGCCGCUGCCCCACCGCAACCGCCAGUAAGCUCUUAUCAUGCACCUUCUAGCAGCGCACCAAACCUGGCUAUCAGCUCUAAUCUGCCUACCAGUUCGCCGCCAGUCAACAGUUGUGCAUCUCCGCCCGUAAGUUCAAGCCCUGCCUCCAGUGCACAAUAUGUAACAAACAGUUCUCUAUCUUCUAUACCACACACUUUUAGUGGCUGCACUCAGGUGAAGGCCGUACAUGCUUCUGCUUUACUUGGAACCGCUGUCGUUACAGUUCUGAACCAAUACAAUCAACCCUUCUUGUUGCGUGCUGUGUUGGACUCUGGUUCCAUGCGCUCCAUUAUCACCACCCGAGCUGCCACCGCAAUGGGUUUAGUUGUUGUGCCCGCUCAAAUCCAACUGAAUGGAAUCUCUGAAAAAAGGACAUCUGUCAAAGGCAUCGUGCAGUUAAGAAUAUUGUCCGAACCUCAAUUUGAUAUUGCUCUUUCUACUGAAGCUCUUGUAUUAGAUCAAAUUGCUGGCAAUCUUCCUGUCUUUCCGCUUCACCCCGCACUAAAGAAUUCGUUUGCGCAUCUGGACCUCGCUGAUCCUAAUUUUGAUAAGCCUGCUGAAAUCGACCUACUGAUUGGUGCUGAUUUAUACUCCAACAUCUUUAUAUCCGCAGAAAAUUCCAUUAUUCCUGGUAACCCUGCCGCCUUUGCCACAAUCUUUGGUUAUGUUUUAAGUGGUAGAUUGAAUAUUGAGGACUCGCCCGCACCGCUCAAUGAAAUGCAGCUCAUUUGCACUAUGUUUGCACAGGAAGCACAGCUCAACACCAUCAUGAACAAAUUUUGGGAAACCGAAGAGGCCAUCCCUGUUCGAAAAGAGUCAUCACCUGAAGACGAGUUGUGUGAGAAACUGUACCGAUCCACUACUUAUCGCACCUCUGAAGGAAGGUAUGUUGUGGCACUGCCUUUCAAACCUGGCGCUCCCGCUCUGUGCAAUAACCGCAGCAAGGCAUACCGCAAUCAGUUAGGACUACUGAAAAAACUGAGUCAAUCUGAUGAACUCGAAACCAAAUACUCUGACUUCAUGCAUGAGUAUCGUGACUUAGGUCACUUGAAAAUCGCUGAUUCUGCUGUAGAUUACAUCAUACCACAUCACGCAAUAUUCAAGAAAAACGACAACACUCAAAAAAUUCGAGUUGUUUUCAACGCAUCUAGCAAAGACGCCAAUGGGCUCUCACUUAACGAUGUGCUGCUACCUGGAGCUAAACUUCAAACAAACAUAGUCCAAGUGUUAACCCGCUUUCGUUCAUACCGCUUUGUCAUCCUUGCAGACUGCAAACAAAUGUACAGACAAAUCUUGCUGAGACCUGAAGACCGCCAGCAUCAACAUAUAUUUUGGAAACCCACCCACCAAGAAAAAAUUCAAGAAUUUGAACUGUUAACAGUGACUUAUGGAGUAUCUUCUAGCGCGUAUCUUGCUCAGCGUACUCUGCAACAAUUAGUGGAGGACGAAGGUGAAGCUUUCCCACUCGCCAGUCAAGUACUGAAGUCGCAAACGUAUGUCGACGACAUACUUGGCGGAAGCAAUGACCUGAAUACCACACAUUCACUUAUCAAAGAACUCAAUGAGUUAUUGUCACUCGCCUCCUUCGAAUUGAGGAAAUGGAAUUCCAACACACCUGAGUUGAUUGAGCAUAUGUCGCCCGAAUAUUUGAGCAAUCAGGAAUGCCUGUUUGAUGAUACUGCAACCGCCAAAGUCCUUGGUAUUGUGUAUAGUCCGCUUGCCGAUGAUUUCCGAUAUUUCAUCUCUGCCUUUUCUGAAAAAAGCACGAAAAGAACAAUACUCGCCUUCAUUGCACGAAUUUAUGACCCACUGGGUUGGCUAUCACCGCUUAUUCUACUGUUUAAGUUAUUCAUGCGCACUCUGUGGUCUGAAUGCCUUGGAUGGGAUGAUGAAAUUUCUACACCACUAUUAACUCAUUGGAAAUCCUUGGUUACCGCUAUCAACCAGUUACACCAGAUUCGCAUACCAAGACUGUUAGCUUGCUCCCAUUCCUCAAUUAGACUGUUAGGAUUCGCCGAUGCCUCAGAGAAAGGAUAUGCCGCCUGCUUGUACCUUCAUGAAGAAGUUGAAAACCGCUUUAUUGAUUGUCGUCUUAUUGCCGCCAAGAGUCAUGUUGCGCCCCUCAAAACCCUAACAAUCCCUCGAUUGGAAUUGAAAGGCUGUCUCUUGUUAGCACAACUUGUAUCUGUCAUUUUACCAACUCUAUCAGAAUACAACCUGCUGGAAAUUCGUCUCUACACUGAUUCCAAAACCGCCUUGGACUGGAUCAAUACACCUACUUACAAACUGCAGAUUUUUGUUGCUAAUCGUGUACAGCAAAUCACUCAAUUAGUGAAACCCGAACUGUUCAAUCAUGUGUCCUCGCUUAACAACUGUGCUGAUAUUGCUUCUCGUGGACUACUGCCAACCGAACUUGUUUCCUGCCAUACUUGGUGGCAUGCUUCUGCCGCAUUUCAAUUCCUCGCUGUUGAUUUUCCUGUGUCUAAUCACGUUGUCAGUGAAACAAUACCUGAGAUGAAGUCAAACCCGCUGUAUAUUCUUGCAACUACCCAAGAUGAACCGUUAGCAAACCCGCUAUACGCCGCUUGUGAACGUGUAUCCAAAUUUGGAAAAUUAUGCCGAAUUUUUGUGUAUAUACUACGCUUCAUCAACAGAAUCAAGAUCGCCCGCCAUGACUAUAGUAACAAAUUAAUUCAAAAAUUUUGUGACUGUGAACCGCAUCCUGCUACUAUUGAUGUUGUUGCCUCUGAAACGGAGAUUGCUAGAAGGCUCAUUAUACAAGUCGUGCAAAAGGUCAAAUUUCAGAAGGAAAUAAAUGAGUUAAACUCGGGAAAAUGCCCCAAACAUUUAUUGACUCUGCAGCCUUAUAUUGAUCAUGAGAAUUUGAUCCGCCUAUCUGGUCGUCUGGAGAAUGCACCUAUUUCCAGUGAAACUAAAAAUCCGUUAUUGUUACCAAAAAAUGAACAUGUUUCUACUCUCAUUAUUAGACAACAGCAUCUCAUGAGCUGUCAUGCUGGUCCCCGCACCACCCAAUCCGCAGUAUGCCAACAAUAUUGGAUAUUAUCAGCUCGUAAUCAGGUACGUCGUGUCAUACACCAAUGCAUCAUCUGCAACCGAUUUCGCCGCUCAAAUUUGCAACAACGCAUGGCCCCGCUACCUGCCGAACGGGUCACCAUCAACAAACCAUUCAAUGUGACUGGCUUGGACUUUGCUGGACCCUUUAUCUGCAAGACAUCUCUGCUAAAACGUGCGCAAACUACAAAAGGAUAUUUGUGCAUAUUUGUGUGUUUUGCCACAAAAGCCACUCAUCUCGAAUUUCUGUCUUCUAUGUCGGUCAACCACUUUAUCGCCGCACUACAACGAUUCAUUGCCCGACGAGGUACGCCUCACACGCUAUGCUCUGACAAUGCCAAAACUUUUGUAUCUGCCGCUAGAAAAAUGCAUGAAUUGGCCAAGCUUUUGGAAUCACUACCCUCUGCUGUCACUUGUUUUCUGUCCAACCAUGGCAUAAAUUGGAAAUUCAUCCCUCCUUACGCACCCCACCAUGGAGGCCUGUGGGAAGCUGCCGUCAAAUCCGCUAAAACGCUGUUGUAUCGCUGUAUUGGAGACAAGGCUCUCACAUAUGAAGAAUUUGACACAAUAUUCACCCGCAUAGAAAGCAUCUUGAACAGCCGACCGCUAACUGAACUGUCUUCACAGCCCGCAGAAGCCGCUUCUGUUCUAACACCUGGCCAUUUCCUAGUAGGUGGACCCCUGACCGCACCACCGCAACCGAUAGAGACUAAAGAAAUACUAUCAACUCGCCGUUGGAGACAUUGCAACCAAAUGAUGCAAUUCUUCUGGAGCCAAUGGUCAAAAGAAUAUCUAUGCACACUAAUGAACCGCACAAAAUGGAAGGUUACUGAAAGAAACUUACAGAUUGACGAUUUGGUUGUAGUCAAAUCAAUCAACACCUCGCCGCUAAGCUGGCCGCUAGGCAGAAUUGUAGCGCUGCACCCUGGCAAAGAUGGCCUUGUCAGGAUAGCGACAAUCAAAUGCGCCUCUGGUAAUAUUUUUGGUUUUACCCGCACAACCUGUGAUUGUCCGCGUCGCUUCGUUAUCGCCGCCUUGUGUUAUCCACUCUGCCGCAACAUCUUGAUGACCGCACCUCUGUUGACGCUUCGCUCCAUUUCUAUGACCGCACCACAGUUCAUGUCUACGCGCAUUCCACAACUUGUGCUGUGCCGCCCCGCUUGUCUUCACAUCACGCUACCGUGUUCACACCACAUCGCUCUGGACUUCUCCGCUCACUGUAUUCAAGACCGCAGACCCACCGCCAUCUAG